UGUCCCCCAGCCCGGGCGUUGCCCUCCCCUCUGCCCCCCGCGACCUGGUCCCUGUCCUAGUGUCCAGCCGAUUUGUGCGCCUCAGCUGGCGCCCCCCGGAGGAGAGCGGAGGAGCCGUGCAGACUUAUGGAAUUUAUUACUCUCAAGACGGAGUCCAGAGGGAGCGCUCAGUCAAUGUGUCGGAGCCGGAGUCUCUGGAGCUGACCGUCUCCAACCUGAGGCCUGAGGAGAGCUACACCUUCAGAGUCAUCGCAUACAACGACAGGGGGCCGGGACAGAGCUCCGCCCCCCUGAGCAUCAGCACCAAACCUGACCUCCAGGUUCCCAGCAGGGUGGAGUCUCUCCAGGCGGAGGCUCUGUCUCCCUCCUCCGUCCAGGUGAGCUGGGAGCCGCCCAGCCAACCCAACGGCCCCGUGCUGAGCUACAGACUGCUGUGGACAGAGAGGCCGUCCAACAAGGAGCAGAGUGUGGAGGUGAACGGACUCAACUACAAGAUGGAGGGACUCAAUAAGUUCACAGAGUACACAGUUCGAGUUCUGGCAAUCAACCGCUAUGGACCAGGCACCGCCCCGGUGACGGUCAGCGUCACCACCCAAUCAGACGCUCCCAGCGCCCCCCCACAGAACAUCACCUUAGAGGUGGUCCUGUCCCGGAGCAUCAAGGUGUCAUGGCAGCCGCCCCCCCGCAGCGCCCAGAACGGCAUCAUCUCCGCCUACAAGAUCAAAUACAGAAAGACCGGUCGCCGUGGAGAGCAAGAGGCCAUCGAACCAAACAACUUUUGGUACCUGUUCACAGGUCUGGACAAAGGCAGCCAGUACAGUUUCCAGGUGGCAGCCAUGACGGCCAAUGGAACGGGUCCGGCCAGUGAUUGGUUCAAUGCGGAGACACCGGAGAAUGACCUGGAUGAGAGUCAAGUGCCCGACCAGCCCAGCUCUCUGCACGUCAGGCCGCUGCCAAACAGCAUCAUCAUGUCCUGGACCCCCCCCCCUCAGCCCAAACAUCCUGGUUCGAGGUUACAUCAUCGGCUACGGAGUGGGAAGUCCCUAUGCCGAGACGGUGCGAGUGGACAGCAAACAGAGAUACUACUCCAUCGAAAACCUUGAGCCCAGCUCGCACUAUGUCAUCUCCCUGAAGGCUUUCAAUAACGCCGGAGAGGGAGUCCCUCUGUACGAAAGCGCCGUCACACGAUCUCUGACAG